AUGGUGUCCUCGCGGAAGACAAGGAGCGGGUUGGUUGUUUGCAUCAUCGCAGUCAUGAGCUUCGAAGCUGCGGUCUGCAACACACCAGAUGAAAUGGGAGAAGACAAGCAGUGCUUCGCCAUCAUUCACCCACCUCAAGCGCACAUGAUGGAUGUUGAGGAUCAUCAACAACUGCCUUGCUUGCUGCGGAUAAACUGCCAGGGAUACGGAAAGGCGAGAAGGCUGGGACUGGUCAAUGGCGACACGACAACGUGGGUGAGUGCAGAGAUCGAGCCGGGACCGGACGUGGAGAUGGCGAUGAUCGAACUGACGAUCAAUCAGAUCUAUCGCGGUCGGCCUUCACUGGAGUUCGUGCUGACAAGGAGCAGCAACCAAUCUCUCAGCGAGAAGGAUGCGAACUUUGAGGUUUCUGAGUUUGCUUCUGUUGACAUCAAGUCGGGUCGUCUCUUCCACCCAACUCUUGAGGUGAUCUUCCCUCCGCAAGACUUCGUCUUCAAACAGGGAGUGACUCCUCUUGUCAUCACAACCGUGGAGGAGGACGAGGAGGGCAACCGGGUCUCAGGUCCAGUCAAUCUCAUUGCAACUCGAGCUUGUCCCAUGUUUGAUCGCCCGGCAGCUAUCGAGGGCUCCAUCUUUCCUGGUCGUCUGCGCAUGAUAAUCAAGAGAGUUGGCCAUGAUCCCGCACAGGGACUCUGCGAUGAUCCCUACCAUGAAAGUGUGGGAGAGGUCUGGUAUCAGGGUUGCUCGUCGCACAAGCUCUGCGAUCUCCCAGACUUGCCAGACGGCGAUUUCCUGCUGCAGAUAUACCUCGCAGACGCUCAUGGCGAGAUCUAUGCACAUGAAGAGCGGCGAAUCAAGGUGGACACGAGCGAUGUGUAUCAGAGUGAAAGAUCAUCGAGUGACGCCUCGUCGUGUGUUGUGCGGCAAGGCAGGCAGGAGGGGUGCGGGAACAAAAGUGAAGGCGAUGGGGAGUGCUCUAGCAACGGGGCAUGUGUCGUGCUCGGAGGAGAUCACAACCGUGGGGGAGGCUUCUACUGCCUCUGCUCUCCCUCGUACUUUGGAAAGUUUUGUGAACAUGUUCGUGUCUCCCUUUCAGGCCAGUUGUUGGACUCGUUGAAGUUUUGUCAGGACAUCUACUCGACAUCUGAGUACUUGCCUUCAUCUCACCCCGAGGCUGACGAAUCGACUUGCCCCAAAGCAGAGAUGCUGCUCGAUCAGUCGGAAGAGCUCUGGAAUGAGAUUGUUGAGAACCAGGUGAAAUGCUUCCGCUGUUAUUUGAAUUGUUUGUGUGACAUUUCAACGCUGAAUCGCAUUUGGAUUUAUUCCUUGAACGAUCAGAAGUCAGGUGGGAAGACCUACAUCGAGUUCACGUAUGACAACACGAGCGCUCUUGCUAUCACGGCUCGCACUUUCUUCCUUGCCGUCGCUACAUCGCUGAAGAGAAAGCAGCCGCUUGCGCUGAGCAGCGAUUGGAGUUACCUGGACUUCGCUCCAUGCAACAAGAGACACCUCUCUACCAAGGAUUCAUCCCCCCACAGCUCGAGCGGAAACCUCGCAUGUUACUUCCAGCCUUUUGAUCUCUUCGCCCUCCCUCGCCCUCUCGUGAGCAACGAUACCUUGCGCAGGAAGGAGCAGAAGACCGAGGAGCCUGCCUGGUUUGCCAACUGCUGCAUCAACCUUCCUGUCACGAAUGCGCUCUCCGUCAUCCCCGCGCAUUACAGGGAGAGAGGACAGUUCUGGUGGAUGUCCACUAUGGCUGGCCUGCUACUCAAAGAGAACCCGCACCUGAGCAACUUGAUCAAGAGAGCGAAACUAGCGUCGUCCUUCCGUCAACCGUGUAUCGGAGUUCACAUGCGGUUUGGGGAUGCUUGCUAUCACGAGCCGGAAUUCAUGAAAGUCGGAGGCGCGACAUCGCAACGACGAUGCUACGAGACGGCAGCAUACAUGCGAGGGAUCGCUCGCCUUCAAGCAGCAUUCAACAUCGACCAUGUCUACAUCGCUACCAACAACGAGAGCGCGGUCAGAGAUCUUGUCCGGUCAAACUCUACAAUCAAAUGGAGUUUCCUCAGCAGCGUCGACAGGUCCCAGCUGGUCAAGGAGGGCAAGAAGGAGUUUGUCAUGCCCCACAUGCUCGUUACGCGGCUGGGCUUGCUGGAUCGCAAGGUGGAGUGCAAGGCGUUCGUUGGCCAGUUCUCUAGUGCCUUCUCGGUCCUUGCCUUCGAGCUCAUGGUCGCCUAUCACGCAUAUGUCGGCUCACAGCAUGAGAGUUGCUGGCUGGUCGUCUGA